AUGAAUAAGUAUGAAGUUAAAGGAGUUGUAGGAGAGGGAGCUUACGGAAUCGUGCUAAAAUGCGAAAAUAAAGAAAAUAAUCAGAUUGUGGCAAUUAAGAAGUUCAAAGAGACCGAGGAUAAUGAGAUUGUUAAAAAAAGUAUUUAGAGGGAAGUCAAGAUGUUGAGACUAUUGAAACACCCUAAUAUUAUUGAUUUAUUCGAAGCAUUCAAGAGAAAAGGGAGAAUCUAUCUAGUUUUUGAGUAUGUAGAAAAGAAUUUACUUGAAGUGUUACAAGCCUCGCCUAAUGGUUUAGAUUAAGGAUUCCUUAAGAAAAUUGCAUUUUAAUUAUUAAAAGCUAUAGAGUUUAUUCAUUAUCAUGAUAUUGUUCAUCGAGAUAUCAAACCUGAAAAUAUUCUAAUUGAUAAUGAAAACAAUUUAAAACUUAUUGAUUUUGGAUUUGCCAGAAGUCUCAAUUUACCAGACACUUUAACAGACUAUGUCGCGACAAGAUGGUAUAGAUCUCCUGAACUUCUAUUGAAUUAUCAGACCUAUGGAAAAGGAGUAGAUUUAUGGGCCAUAGGUUGUUUACUUUGUGAACUCACAGAUGGAGAACCUAUGUUUCCAGGAGAGAAUGAAACUGAUUAAUUAUAUUUGAUCCAAAAGACACUUGGCCCUUUAACACAUGAACAAUUGGAAGUAUUUCAAAAGAAUCCUAGAUUUCUUGGAAUGAAAUUCCCUGAGAUUGGAAAGCCUGAGACUAUAGAGAGAAGAUAUCUUGGGAAAUUACCCUAGAAAGCUAUAGGAUUAGUGAAAGGCCUAUUGAGGAUGGACCCUAAAGAGCGUUUCACUUGUCUGGACGCAUUGAAACAUCCCUACUUCGCUGAUUAUCCAGAGGCACAGGAAUAUAUUAAAUAAAUCGAGAGCAGAUAGAAUCAUAUCUAAAAUGAUGUUAAUCAAAAAAGAGAUUCUCUUAUGAGUUAAUAGAAAUAACAAAAUCAGAUUGGACACACGAAUCAAAUCAGAACUAAAAACGUUAAACCAGUUCCUAAUUUUUUGAGUAGCCAUGUUUUAAUGUAGAGUACUGCGUAUAAUUAUAAGAUAACUGAUUAACAUACGGCUGAGAGGGAGUUGCCAAAUAUGAAGAAGACUACUUCAGUUGAUAAAUUGCCAUAAACUCAAUAUAAUGGAUUUAGUAUUGGGAAUGGUUUCUCCUUUGCGCCCUCCAAAAACUAAUAACUAAAAGCAACUUAACCCAUAAAACAAUCUUAACCCUAAAUUAAAAUAUAAAACUUGAACAUUAUUUAUAAUGCCAAUACUUACAAUUACUAAUUAUAACAACAGCAAUAAUAAUAAUAGCCUCAAUAACAAUAAAGAAAAAUAAUAAAGAAAAAAAGUUGA